AUGGCUCCCAAGGGCAACAUCUCGACCCGGUUGAACCCGCUUCGCCUGAACACCAUCAACCACCUUCGCGUCCGCCGACCCAACCAGAAUGAGCAGAACCCCUGCGUGACUGUCAUGUCGACCAUGCUUAACUGCUGGGCUUCCCAAGGAUACAACGCCGAAGGCUGCGCUGCCCUCGAGGCGCAAUUGCGCAAGUGCAUGGAUGCCCCUAAACCCCAAGAGAAGAAGAAGAACACCGUCAACUACCACCUGAUGAGAAUGUACCCCAAGGUUGUGGGCCCGCGAAGAAGGACGGUGUCCUGGGCUAAAUUGCAUUUUUAUUUUGCAUGGACAACGGCUGGGACCACAAGAGAGAUGGAUAUGCACGUCUAUAUGAGCUGCACGCCCGCUGCAGUUGUUCAUUUCGGAGUUUGGGGGAUUCUUUGCGGCACAUUUGUACAGUAUAUUACCUAUGUCGACUACGGCAGCGGCAUUGUCUUUAAAAGAAUUGAUUGUAUCAAUAUUCCCAACUUUGAACUUCUGUAA